CAUUAUUGUUGUGGCAUGAAAACGAAUCAGCCUGGUGAGAAGAAUCCAGAAGAAGUGAUGAGUAAUUCUGCGCCUGGAGGGUCGAUGAAGAGGAAGGUGGGUGGGCGUAAGCGUAAUCCAGAUGAACGAACUGUUGUUGAUCCCGAGUAUCGUGCGCCUGGACGUUCAUAUCGGCGCUUGGAAAAGAAGCGAGAGGCUCGCCGUAAGGCUCAGAGGGAGGAGACUUAUCGAAGAGAAGAAGAGACUAUUCGUAAGGCUGAGGAGGUUUUUUGGCGUAAAGUGGAUGAAACAGAUGGCUUCGAUAUCGAGUUCGAAGGUGCUCCUUGUUAUUUUGGUGGUAUGAGUGUUUAUAAGGGUGGAGUAGAUUGUCCCCUUGUAGCGCGGCUUUAUGCAAAGGUUGGACUUCAUCGGUACAAUAUGCUAGAGGGGACGAACUUGCAUCUUCACGAAAUAGAGAAAUACGUUGUAGUUUGUACCAUCAUGCCUGUCUCGUAUAACAUUACCUUGAUUGCUGAGGAUCCAGCUACCUCCUCCUUUGUUACUUUCCAGACUAAUGUUGACCAAAGAAGUUUAGGCCAGAUUGAUUUCACUUGUUAUAUCUCAAGACCUAAAGGGAUCAAGAGUGAGAUUUAUCCGAACCAGUUCUUCGAUGCCAAGGACUUGCCUGAGAAGUGGCCUUCAAAGGAGGCUUUUGCUGAUCAAAGUCGAUUUUUGUACAAGAUGCAGAAAUCAGAUUGGGAAGAACAUGACUGGAUUCGCUUGUAUAUGGAAAUUUCGUUCUUUAACAGACAUAGGUGCCUGAAUCACAACAUGUCUGAUUUAAAGAUUCUGGACGUAGUGGUAGAGACUGAGGAAAAUGUGCCACAUGAGACUGUACUCAAGAGUCUUAGGAAUGUCCUUGUCUACAUAAGAUAUGAUCAAGACUUGGGAGCGGAUGGUGUUUGCAAACACAUAGCCAUUGUUCGAAGAACUGUCGAGCCGACAACUCACUGCGUUUGUCUCUUGGGCGAGUCUCAGCUUGUGCCCGACUCUGAGUAAGUGUUACUUUUAAUAGUAACUCUUUACUUAAGUAAGAUAUAUGUUCAAAAAUAAACAAAACAUGCCAACUUGUGUCGUUGGUUUUAUCACUUUAUGUGUCUUUAUCUUUCCGAGAUAAUCCAAAAACCUCUCUUCCUGUGUACAAGCAGGUUGUGAAAUGAAAUUUCGUUACAAGUACUUAGAUAAUUGAACGAUAUGCUUGACUCUUUUA